AUGGCGACUCCGACUCCGACUCUGGCUGAGAAGCUGGACAAGAUCAAGUCCCCGGGCCUUCAGAGUCAGCAGAAGACUGUCGUUGUCUUGCAGGCGGUCGAAUCAACACUGAAAGAGCAGAACACGCCUCCGACCCCCACUGGAUAUUUUGCCGCUCUCCUCGCUCUUCUCCAGCAGGCAGAGAACAAUGGCAGCGUCAACAUCGAAUUGGCCACUCCCGUGGUCUAUCUUCUCGACGUGGUCACCCCGUUCGCUCCGCAAGCCUUGCUCCGAUCCAAGUUCACCCAGAUCCUUACGCUGCUUGCGCCAGUUCUGUUGGCGCAAGAUGCGGAACCAAUCCUGCUGAGAACCUCAAUUGGAUGUCUGGAGUCCCUUCUUUUGGCUCAGGAUGCCGCUUCUUGGGAGUUGUCUGUCACCCAGAUCGGACCGCGACGUGCCGUUGCUGGUCUGCUGAACUUGGCCCUGGAUCAGAGGCCCAAGGUGCGAAGACGAGCCCAAGAUGCGCUCAAGAAGGUGCUGAAAAAUCCACCUCCCACCCCGUCUCUGGACCACCCGGCCGCGGACAUGUGCGCCCACACCGCGCUGAAGAACCUGGAGGACCUGGCCGCCCAGGCUGUGCAGGCACGAAAGGGCAAGAAGGCGCCCAGCACGACACACGACCCGGCAUUGAUCCACGCCCUUCAGCUGAUCAAGACAGUUGCCUCCGCGAGCGGUGGCUGGCCGAGCACCAAGAUCGAAUCUCUCUGCGAGCUCCUCCUCAACAUUGCCAAGACGGGCAAUGAGUACAUGACCAUGGCGGCCUUUGAGAUUUUCGAGUUGAUCUUUGAAGGAAUGACGGACGAACUCACUUCAGCAAAGCUCCCUCGCUUGAUGGAAAUCAUUUCCGAGCUGCGACCGGCUGCGAACGAUACUUCACUUGUCCCUCCGUGGCUUGCGAUUCUCUCUCGAGGAUACGAUGUGUCGGCGCAGGUCGAACCCGACGAAACUUUCCAAAACCUCCCGGAGCUCUUCACCAUGGUGGCGCAGUUCCUCCAGUCUGACUCUGAGAACAUUCGAAUCUCAGCUUCCGAGUGUCUGGUGUCAUUCAUGGCGAACUGCAUCCCGCCGCGUGUGAUUGUUGAGCCUUCAAUAUACGAUGAGAAGGUCCUGGAUAAGAUCGCAAAAGCCGCCGAGUCUCUGCUCAGCGUUCAGUACCAAGCCGCUUGGCUGCAGACCUUCAACGUGCUGGAGGCCAUCUUCACCGCCCUGCGAUGGAGGGCAAACCCGAUCAUGCUCAACGUCACCCGCACUAUCGGGGAGAUUCGAGAAAACCCGUCUUUCCGCAACAAGAAGGAGGCGGAUGAGGUUCUGGGCCAGGCCGUUCGAGCCAUGGGCCCCGAGGCAGUCCUCUCCAUUCUCCCCCUAAACAUCAUCAAGCCGGUCAAGGGCCAGGCCGGACGAGCAUGGCUGUUCCCGAUUCUCCGAGACUACACUAGCAACACAAACCUGGCCCACUUCAAGAGCGAGAUGGUGCCUCUCAGCGAAGUCAUGUUCCAGAAGGUCUUGGACCAUGGCGAAGCCGAGAAGACGAUGGAGAUCAAGAUCUACGAGACGCUGGUGCAGCAAAUCUGGUCUACUCUGCCGGGUUACUGCGACUUGCCCCUCGAUCUGAUGGAGUCUUUCGACCAGGCUUUCGCCGAGAUUCUGGCUAACCUUCUUUACAAGCAAGUCGACUUGAGGCUGGAUAUCUGCCGAGCUCUGAGGACCUUGAUCGAAUCCAAUCAAGCUAUUGCGAACAUUGAGGAGGAGGAAGAUGAUCUUCUUUUGCAAAGCCGGGUGACCAAGGAUGCCGCUCGCAAGAACCUGGCUUAUCUUGGCCAGUUUGCCGGCAACAUGCUCGCUGUCCUGUUCAACGUCUACACCCAGACCCUGCCUCAGAGCCGAGGCCCCAUUCUCCAGACCGUGAAUGCUUUCCUCAGCAUCACCCCUAGCCAGGAGCUCAUGGCAACGUUUGAGCGUGUCAGCCAGAUGCUUGCUGGAGAGCUCCAAAACGCGCCAGCUCCAGAGAAGAAGGCUCAGGGGCAAAAGUCCCAGGAUCACAUGCCAUCCACCGCACAGACUCUCAUGGAUCUCGUCAUCACAAUCUCGGCGUACCUCCCACGCGAGAGCUUUGCUGCUCUGUUUGAGAUUGCCACAGUCAUCAUCAACAGAGAAGAAGAGCCCCAGCUGCAGAAGAAGGCUUACAAGCUGAUACCCCGACUGGCAACUUCCGAGCUCGGCAAGGCUGCUCUGAAAGAGCGCAAUGCCGAGUUGCAGACUCUCAUCCUCUCCAGCUCGGAGAAGGUGUCCGCCCCAGCCAGACGUGAGCGAAUUGCCGCCAUCGCUGCGCUGUUGCCCUUUAUCCCCGACGACUGUCUUCACUUCAUCCCCUCUGUGCUGAGUGAGAUUGUCAUCUGCUGCAAGGAGAACAACGAGCGAGCGCGUGAAAGCGCAUACGACCUGCUGGUUCAGAUGGGACACAAGAUGGCCGCGGCUAACGGCGCCGUCAUCGACAACAGCAAGGUGCCUCACAUGCCCAGCGACGCGCCGCCCGCCACGGCCAGCAUCGAGGAGUUCUUCACCAUGGUGAGCGCCGGUCUGGCGGGAAGCACCCCCCACAUGAUCUCCGCCUCCGUCACCGCCAUCAGCCGCCUCCUCUACGAAUUCCGGUCAUCGCUGAGCGACCAGACCCUGUCCGACCUGGUGCAGACCAUGGAUCUCUUCCUGACCUCGAACAACCGCGAGAUCGUCAAGAGCUGCCUGGGCUUCGUCAAAGUCUGCGUCAUCAGCCUGCCGGUCGAGCUGAUGAUGCCGCGCCUGGACACGCUCGUGCCCAACCUCAUCAUCUGGAGCAACGAGCACAAGGGUCACUUCAAGGCCAAGGUCAAGCACAUCCUCGAGCGCAUGGUCCGCCGCUUCGGCUUCGACGCCAUCAACAAGAGCUGCCCCGAGUCCGACAGGAAACUCCUCGCCAACAUCCGCAAGACCAAGGAGCGCGCCAAGAGAAAGAAGGACGCCUCCAAGAGCGCCCACGACGACGACGACGCCAGCGACGAUGACGAUGAGCACGACGGCAAGCGGCAGUACGAAAACGAGUACGACCGCGCCCUGUACAGCAGCGACUCAGACGACUCCGCGGCCUCAGACGACGAAGACAACGCCCAGAAGCCCAGGAAGAAGGCUCAAAAGGGCGGCAAGACGUACAUUGUCGAAGACGACGACGAACCCCUCGACCUCCUCGACAAGAAGGCCCUCGCCAGGAUAUCAACCACCAAGCCCGUCAAGCUGCGCAAGCCGCAAAAGACAAAAGCAAAGACGGACCUCGACGGCAAGCUCAUCCUCGGCAAGGACAGCGACGACGACGAGGACGGCAUGGACGUCGACCAGCCCGCCGGAGGCGAGGACUCGGGCGUCGGCGCGUACGUCGCCGCCAUCAAGGGCCGCGACGCCGGCAAGCGCGGCCGCGGCGGCAAGCUCAAGUUCUCCAACAGGCGCUCCAAGGACGGCGACGACGGCGACGAGAUGGACGACGACACUGCCGUGGCCGUCAAGAACGGCAUCAGCCCCGGCCGCGAUCGCGGUGGCCGAGGCCGCGGCGCGAGGAGCGGAAAGGGCGGCAUCGCGGCUGGUCGGAGGGGACUCGGCUCGGAGAAGAGACAUGGCCCGCCGAUGGGUGCGGGAGUGGGCAAGGGGAAGAGGGGGGGCCGAAACUAG